AUGAAGGCCAUACUCACAAGCAAUGUGAGUCUUGAAGAAGGAGCAAUGAUGAUUACAAAGGAGUGUAGUGCCAUACUUCAGAAUCGCAUGCCAGAGAAGCUGAACGACCCAGGAAGUUUUGUUUUGUCUUGCAAGAUCGGUUCUACACACUUCCAUAGAGCACUUUGUGAUUUGGGUUCUAGUGUGAACCUAAUGCCUUACUCAGUGGCCAAGCUAUUGGGCAUCACUGACUUCAAACCUACAAAGAUCUCUCUAGUCUUUGCAGACAGAUCUGUUCGCCGCCCUGUUGGUGUUAUUAUGGAUGUUCCAAUCAUGGUUGGAGAUUGCUACAUCCCUGCUGAUUUUGUAGUUCUUGAGCUGGAACACCAACCUAAGGACCCUCUUAUCUUGGGAAGGCCAUUCCUAGCUACUGCAGGAGCUAUAAUAGAUGUCAAGAAUGGAAAGAUUGACUUGCAUCUUGGAGAUAUAGUGAUGAAUUUCGAAGUAAACAAGUCCAUGGAGAAGCCAACUGUAGAUGGUCAAGCUUUUUGGAUUGGAGAGCUCGCAGAGACAAGAGAAGAAGUGCUGGAUGAACUCCUUCUUAUUGAUCCCUUGGAGCUAGCUUUGACAAAAGCUGAGAAUGAGUAUGGAUACAUGGAAAGAGAAGCUCAAUGCUUAGUCAAGUUCAUGGAUUCAAAGGAAGCUUAUAAAGAGCUGAUAGCUUAUAUGGACUUAGAGAGAGAAGAGGAAGAGCCAGACAUUGACAAGAAUCAGGAAAUACACAAACCAAAGUUAAGAAUCUCACCUGAACUAUGCACACAUCGCAUCAUCCUGGAGGAUGAGUCUAGUUCUUCAAUUGAACACCAAAGGAGGCUAAACCCAAACCUAAAGGAAGUUGUCAAGAAGGAGAUAAUGAAGCUACUGAAAGCUGGAGUGAUUUAUCCAAUAUCAGAUAGUGCAUGGGUCAGCCCUGUACCGGCAGCAGGAGGACGAGCGCCUUGA